GACCGACCGGACAGACGGCGCGCGCGCGUGUGUGUGGUGGUCCGUUAGGUCCUCCCUCUCCCACAAAAGUGGGUCACCCCAAGGGGCAUGCCCUUGGGAGAGAGGCUCCUAUCUUUAUACCCAUUUCACCAAGUAAAACUACCAAUGUGGUAGUUUUUCCACUUGAGACUCUAUAGCUUUCAAAGCUAUUCAUAUACAUUUCCAACAAUUUCAUCAAUAAAAAAACUAAUCGAACUAAUACUUCAUCUUUUCUUUUCUUCUUCCUCAUUAUCAAGCUGCCUUUGCAAAAGCACCCGCGUGAGGGAAGAAGCAAUAGGUUCACCGCCUGUGCAGAAGCACCACCUGAGGGAAGAAGCAGCUGGCGGGUGGGAAGAUGGAGAGGCAAGCGACGGUGAGUCGGAAGGAAGGGCAGGUCUAUUUAAUUGGGGUGGAGCGGGUCAAUAAGGUAAGUUUGUGUCCAAUUUCGUUAUGCUACUCACAACAUAUUUUGUGACCAGCUUCUCACAAAGGCAGAUGGACUUCCACUUCGACCGUGCUGUGAUCCGAGGGCUGGGAUAAAUUGGGCUCACUUAAGUGAGGGGAAUAGAGACACGCGAGCUCGACUGAGCCAAUCCAACUCUUCACAACACUUUUGGGUGGGUCUCACAAUUCAAAUAAACCCAAUAUUUGACAAAUUUUUUUCUUCUCUCACCAUCACUUAUUUCCCUCCCUGAUUCGUCUUUCCCUCUACAGUCUACUCAGCAAAAAAUGAAACUCACAAUUUUUUUUUUGGCGUGUGUCUGAAAAGUGGAAUCUAAACCUAAAAUAAAAUAUGAAAAUCUCUUCAAUAACUGAUUCGAAUCAGAUCGUUUUUAUAAGCUCAGUAUUUGAUGUAGCAGAUUAGAUAAUUAGAUAAUCUGGCGUUCUAGAAAUUGGGUGGUCUUUGAGGGCAAGUAAUUCGGGAUCCCAGCUUUGAUGCGUCAGCUGCACCAACAGUAUGAGGAGUGGGUUGGGCUAUCCUUAAGUCCCGUUCCGAUGUGGACGGCGCCAGAACCCGGCCUUAGUAGCUCGGUCGAUGACAGCAGGGUGAUUUGUAUGUGGGAUGGGGCCACGAGAAGAGGUUCACACUCGGCUGGAGGGAUGGUGAUUAUGAAUCCGGAGAGGGCGAUCCUUAUGGCUAAGGGUGUUCAGUUUCAGUCGAUUGAUGACCCAUGAUUGUGGAAUUGCUUGUACUCAGAGAGGCUAUUGUUUGGUGUUUAGAAAUGGGCUUCUCGGAGGUCGGAUUGGAGGGGGAUGCUAAAGUGCUCAUCGAUAAGAUCAACAAGGCUGAUACUAGAGAUAACCGGGUGGGGGCGGUGUUGGAAGAGAUAGGAUAUUAUUUUCACGCUCAUCCUGGGUUGGUCAUUCGAUUUGUAGGUCGGUAUAACAAUAGGGUAGCCCAUUUAGUGGCUAGAAAGACCCUUUCUUUGUACCCGGCUAUGAGUUAGCAUUUUGAUUUUCUGACCUUGCUUGGUUCCAGGGUGUAACUAUCGAAUUCUGUUAUCAAUAUAUGAUUAUCUUUUGU